AUGACUGCCGGGAGAGAUAUAUAUGAAGGUUAUCGGGAAACGACCAGAUGGGCUAAUACGUUCGGAUUGAAUUCAGGCCGCCGCUCCUUCCACGUCCAGAAGUCGACUUGCUCCAACUGCGGUUACCCUGCCGCUAAGACUCGCAAGUUCAACUGGAGCGAGAAGGCCAAGCGCAGAAAGACCACCGGCUCCGGCAGAAUGCGUCACCUCAAGGAGGUCCACCGCCGCUUCCACAACGGCUUCCAGGUCGGCACCCCCAAGGGCGCUCGUGGUCCCGAGAACCACUAG